CAGGCACAUUAAACGUCAAACAGUGCAAAAACGUGAAACUUUCGCCUUUGCUCCCCGGUAGUUUCCAGUAAUUUUCUGUUAAAAUAUGGUAAAAAUUUAGAACUUUAAUGGUCAAAUUUUGUUUUAGUGUGAGCAUACUAAACGAAGCACAAAUUCGAAGUUAAAUAGUGUUGUUGAACUCAAAAGUAUUCGAUUCCAAGAUGUACGAUUUAAAUCCCAUCUUGAAGCCUGUCGACAUUGACUUUCCCUCAUGCAUGUAUCAAAUGAAACCGAUAAUCAGCAGUGACAGGAGUCAAUCGGUUGACCAGAGCACGGUAUUUAUGGAUCAUUUGUCUGAAAAAAUUAAGACAUUACUCUUAAAGGAGGAAUUUCCAGUAUUACAGAAAUUGGCCGCUAGACAGGAAAAGGUACUGAAACAGCUGGCGGAGUUGCGCGAACAACUAACUUUGAUGCGAACCGAUCUAAAAUUAUGCAACAAACCGGCACAAUUAAGCUCAACGACAGUCUUGCCAAAACCAGCCACUAUAAAGCCAGAACCUGUGCAGCAAACGCGAAAGAUUGAACCAAUUAAUCUUUCUUAUCUGCAAGACUUUGUGGUGAACGCUAGUCCGGAAAAUAUUCCUUAUGGAUUGCUUGCAUUGAAAACGGUGUGGGUCAAUCGGCUAAAUCUCUACGUUGAAUGCUUCACUCACUCCACCAUCCCCAAACUGAGUGAAGAUGCGCUCAACUUUCAAAACGCUAUCACUAAAUUUGAAUCGACUGCGGAGAAUCUUCCACGCAUAAAAGUGACACUUAUCUGGAAGAACGUUGGAACGUAUACCGAAAUGAUAACCUCACCGACUGCCUAUGUUCCUAUCUGCGGGGAAGUCAACAUCUUGCGCUUCCUGUCUCGCUGUGGUCCAAGUGAAUUCAACUACGAACAUCAUAGCGACGUGAACGAGGCUGAUUCCAUUCUGGACACCUGUUACAUGCUCAUCAAUAAGCAAAACCUGAAGGACAAAAAACAAGUUCUCAAAACGCUCAGCUCGAAAUUGGGAAAAACUGCUAAUUUUGGUGGUGAGGAAAUAUCUCUUUGUGACAUUGCGGCAACCAGUGCAAUAAAGCAGGUGCAAAAAACUCUGGCAAAAGAUAUCAAUCCCAGUAUGACGAAACUGAUAACGCGUGUGUCGGCAGCAGUCGGGAUCUAAACGAAGCCCCCAUGGUCAAUCCCAACAGUUUGGAUGAUUUUCGAUAAUGCUGUUUUCAAAAAUGCAUUUGUCUGCUGUUUAUUACAUUUUUGUUGUUCAGUAAAUAUAAAUGCUUUCUCUCAA